AUGGCAGUCUACGAGUGCAGCAACACGCUACGCGAUUUCCUGCGUGAACUACCUAAAUGUGAACACCAUGUACACCUGGAAGGUACACUGGAGCCCGAUCUCUUGUACCCACUGGCCCGCAGAAACAACGUCAAACUCCCAGAACAAUUCCCAAAAUCGGUUGCAGAACUAGAGGAAAGAUACCAGCAAUUCAAAGAUUUACAAGAUUUCUUGGAUUUCUACUACAUUGGAUGUGAAGUUCUAUUGAAAGAAGAAGAUUUUUUCGAUCUGGCUUGGGCGUACUUCAAACGCUCGCAUUCGCAAGGUCUAAAGCACGCCGAGGUUUUCUUCGACCCACAAAGUCACACAUCGCGUGGCAUAAGCAUCGAAACGGUGGUCAAGGGCUUCCAAAAAGCGUGCAUCAAAGCGCAACAGGAACUUCACAUUUCGUCCAAGCUAAUCAUGUGUCUACUGCGUCACUUGCCCGUCGAAGAGUGCAAGGCUACGUUGGAAAGCGCACGCGUUUUAUUCGAAACUCAGCAACUGCACGGAUUGGGUCUCGAUUCCGCAGAAAAACCGUUCCCUCCAGAACUUUUCACCGAGUGCUACGAAACCGCUCGCAGCUUCCACCCUGAUAUCAAGCUCACAGCACACGCCGGAGAAGAAGGUGCUGCCUCCUACGUCUCAAACUCGCUAGAUUUGUUGAAAGUGUCGCGAAUCGAUCAUGGCGUAAGAUCCAAGGAUGAUCCAGAAGUCAUGGCCCGUUUGGCCCGCGAGCAAAUCAUGUGCACCGUGUGUCCGCUAUCCAGUGUCAAAUUGCAAGUGUGUCAAGAUGUACGCGAGCUGCCAUUGACAGAAUUUUUGGACGCAGGAAUUCCCUUCUCUAUAAAUUCAGAUGAUCCUGCGUAUUUUGGUGGCUACAUCCUUGACAACUACGUGGCCGUGCAGACUCGAUUCAACUGGAGUCUCGAAACUUGGGCUAAAGUGGUCCAGCAAUCUGUGAAGGGCUCCUGGUGUGAAGAGAAGCGGAAAGACGAGCUUUUGCUCGAGCUCGCUGCUGUCAUGUCGAAAUACAAGGCCAUUCUCGAGAAUUAA